GUGUCCAAAUAAAUAAUAGCUUUGGACAGACGUUGUAACUCCGGCAUGGUACACGGCGUUUAAACAACACCAGUCUUUUUUAGUUACCAUGGGUUCUAUCCUGCGAACCGUUAGCUUUUUCCUGUUUUUGGUAGGACAUUGCCAAUCUCAACAAUUUCUAAAUCCGAAUUUAAUCAUUUCAGCGGAGAGUGAGCGAACCUUUGAGCAGUGGGGAAUCGCCAUCAACGAGCAACUAGAGCAGCAGCAAUCUGGAGACAGUUAUGAUUUCAUGUCGCUACUUCGACAGGUUUUUACAGCUCUGAAAUCUUCAUCGUUCCCCACUGCUGUAGCCAACAACAUCAGCCAACAAUGUCUAGAAGACAGUCAGUUCUACGUCAACAGCCUCUACACCAAUCAAAGUCGUUGGGCCAUUCAAAUGCUGGAAUCAACGGCGAAACUACCUACGGGGUUGUUUGGAUACAACAACAUUCACGCGGAUGGACUGUUUGACGAAUGUCUGGCCGCUCGAGCGCCUGGAUUCGAUGGUCAGUACUGCAGCGUUUUCUUUCAACCAGUGGCAGUCAAUCAAUCGGAAAUCCUUCCACCGGAAUCUUUGUUCAACAACGAAAUUGAGGAACGGAACAACUUGAUAACAAUUUUCCAGUUACUGGGUCGAAUUUCGGGCUCGGAUCGGGUCCAGCCCAAAGUGUCCGUGGCGGAUGUCAACACUUACCUUUUCCCGAGUACAACCUUCUGUCUGCCGUCAUCUUGCAGUGCAGAAGAUCUCGGCCAAGCGGUGGCUGAGCUUAUCGGCAGUUACGUCAUCGCUAAUAACUCUUUGGUGACAGUAACCGACGAACUUUAUUGUUUCAAAGAAAACAAUGAUCCCUAUCCACCUGACUUCGACGGAGUCGUCAUUACCGUCUUGACAGUGUUCGGUAUUGUUAGUCUUUUGAUUGUAUUGGCCACCACUCACGAAGGCUGGCGAACGUACUGCGGGACCGAAUUCGAUGCCGAGAAGGAUGGAAAGGCCAUUACUGCUCUCCAUUGUUUCUCGAUAGUAAACAACGGCCGUAAAAUCCUGUCGAUGAAAGUGCCGGUCUCAUCCAGCGACAAUUUUGGAUGCAUUCACGGCCUCCGCUUCUUUUCCACCUGCUGGGUCGUCGUGGGACACACGUUCAUUCUUGCAUCCAGCAGAACUAUCAAUCGAAUAGCGGUUGUAGAGGAUUUUAAAACGGUGGGCAUGCAAACUAUUGGCAACGCCUCCGUUUCAGGUGACACGUUCUUUUUAAUUAGCGGUUUGCUCGCAUCGUUCCUCUUGCUCCGGGAGCUGGACCGCAACAAAGGCAAAUUCAACGUUGGCCUCUAUUAUUUGCAUCGAUAUUUGAGAUUGACUAUCGUGUACGCUUUCGUUCUUGGAUUUAUUGCAUCUUUAAAUGUCUACGUCGGUACCGGUCCCAACUGGUACGACGUGAAUAAAUAUUCAAACGCUUGUCGUCUCGCCUGGUGGAGGCAAUUUCUCUACAUUAACAACUUAUUUCCUACGGAUCCUAAUUACGGUUGUAUGGUGCAAACGUGGUAUCUGGCUGUCGACAUGCAACUCUUUGUUGUCGCUCCUCUGAUCAUUUAUCCAAUUUGGCGAUGGAAGAAAUGGGGACUUGCGUGGCUGGCCUUUAUUGCGCUACUUUGUCAAGCGUCCAUCUUCUACGUUUAUGCCAAAUACGACCUGAGCCCCACAACUUGGGCCACCCGAACCGAUGAUUGGGCCACGAUUACUGAUUACAAUGAUCACUACUAUUUCAAACCGUGGACUAGAGCACCGCCGUAUUUGGUGGGAAUCUUGGCCGGCUGGUACUUGAGCAUCACCAAACACUCGCCAACUCGACUGUCAAAACCUUUAGUGGCCAUUGGAUGGACACUAUCCAUAGCUGUUGGUUUGGCCAUCGUCUACGGUUUGGCUCCCUAUGUCGAUGAGUCGACAGUGCCCGAGAUUAGUCCAGCGCUCAAAAUGACUUAUGGGCCCUUGCAUCGGACCGCUUGGGCUUGCGUCAUAGCCUGGAUUAUUUUCGCUUGUUCUCGAGGAUAUGGAGGUUUCGUUAACAGGCUGUUGUCGUGGAGGGGAUUCAUCCCACUUGGGCGGCUGACUUAUUGCGUUUACUUAGUCCACUUGGAUUACCUGAUAAUUUUCUACGCCGCUGUGCGUAAGCAGUUUUAUUACACUUUGUAUGAACAGUUCACCACUUGCUUCGGUGCUCUGUUCUUCGUUUUUCUACUGGCUUUUGUGGUAUCCCUCACAUUGGAAGCAUCUUUCCUCAACUUGGAGAAAUUCAUCUUCUCUUCGAAGCCCAAAAGCGAUUCAUUAUCAAAGAAAUAGCCAUGUCCCUCUUAUUUGAGAAUUUAUACUAAAUUUAAUUGUGAAAUGAAACUAAGCUGCAUGCCUUCAAUAAAAAUGUAAGCAAUA